UGAUUGGUCAGUUACAAUCAGAUAACGCGGACUUUGUUCUGCUUUCUCGGAAAUCCAGAUUGACAACUACAUUCAAGUAAUAGGGUUGGAUUUCUCCCCAGAGUCUACUUCGUUCCGCCUCGAAGAUGGAGUCCCUUCUGAUAAGAUCUAGAGAAACAAGUUACUUCCUCUAUCUGCCUCGAUACCUACAACGAGCCUAAAACUAUUUCAUGUCUUCCUACGUUUUGUUACCAUUGUUUAGAGAGACAUGCAAGAGUAAGCCAGAGACAAGGAAAGUUCAGAUGCCCUGAGUGUCAGGCAGCGAUCGAUUUACCAGAAGGAAAUCGCUUCGACAGUUUGCCCAACAGCUUUUUCCACAAAAGUUUGUUGAGUUUACUCGCCGUUCGACAGAAUGGCGAGGAAGGUAAUAUUACUUGUUAUCAAUGCAGCGCAACCAACCCUCAAAUGUACUAUUGCUUCCAUUGUGGACGAUUCACGUGCCCUGGUUGUUUCAACGCACAUGAAGUGCUUAAGAAGUCUUUUUAAGGACACAAAGUCACGUCAGUCAAGGACUUCAAAGCAGAAGAUUACGAAGCACUGCUGAAGCGACAGCCAUUUUGCACACAACAGUUCCACGAAAAACAAAAAGCCAGAUUCUUUUGCUCACAGUAUCAACUUCACAUUUGUCCGAUCUCUAUAGUCACUGAUCAUCUAAACCACAAUGCCAUUUUGCUCGACAAAGCAGCUCACGAAGAAAAAGAAACCAUUACUUCUGGCGCUAAGAUGAUAAAGGAAAAACAAGCCGAACUUUGUGAAGUCAUCAAGGAGUUCGAAGAAACUAAUUCAGAGCCUGAAAGAAAUUUCCCAACAGCCAAGCGAGAAGCCUCGCGAACAGCCGAACAAAUGAUCGCUAAUAUUCGACAAGGCGAGCGACAAGUGAUCGUAUCCCUGGAAACAACACGCGCGGCGAGACUUGGGAGGAUAAAUGCGGCCAAACAGGAAGUGGGAUCCCUGGUAAAACAAAUAAACCAAGCAGCUGAGUUUGCGGCAAACCUGGUGCAGAGAAGCUCAUGCUCGGAUGUCAUGCAAAACAGGGAAACUUUGAAGCAGAAAUUUGAAGAGCUUCGUGGAGUUAAAGCUCGAACACAUUACCAGACACCAUUCGUUAAAUUUUUUCCUACUUCUCAACAGGACCUGACACUCGGUGUCAUUCAGGUCAUCCCGAUAGCCGUGAAUCAAUCAACUCUGGAAGGACUGGAUCAAACUUUUCAAGCUGGCGUAGAAGCAGAGUUUACCUUAUACCCAAAAACAGCAGAUGGAGAGAGAAUUAACCAGGCUUAUUUUAAAGAUCAAGUUGAGUUGCUGGUAGAACCCGCCAAAGAUGUAACAAACGUAACCAUCCAAGAAAGAGUAGACGGAAAUCUUAGCUAGAAGUUUACACCUAAAGUGCCUGGCGCCUACGAUGUUGAUGUAAAGAUAAAUGGCGAAAAGCUUCCGACCUGUCCGUUAACUUUGCCAGUGAAAGAACGUGAACUUUUUCGUAGUCGGUAAUUUGGACUUGACGUUCGACCCAGGGCAGGAGUUAAAAGGACCCUAAGGAAUCGCUUUCCGUUCAGAGACCCAGGAAAGUGGGAGCCUCGGGAGAUUUAACGAUCGCGAUCCAAAGAAGUCGCGGUCGCUGAGGCACGCAUGCUUCAUGUUCGAUUAUUUCCCUCAAAAAAUGGCCAGACAGACUAACUUUCUGCUUGGAUCGAGAUGAAAACUUUAAAAGAACGACAUCAAACGAAUUGCCACAAAGGAACAUGAAUAAUUUAGGCUGAAUUCCUAAAUGUGAACAAACCGUGACCUUUUUUCUUAAUACAUGCAUGGAUUCGCCAAAAACAUCAGACAUGACUUUUGCUUUUCCGUAAAUGUUUUUCUUUUAUUCAUAAGAUACGUCUUACGGGUUUACAGGAUUUUAUGCGUAUGUUAAAUUGUUGUUUGUUGAUAAAAUCAUAUUUCAAAGAAGCUUUGCCAAGUUGUGCGUUGGCUGCUUAGGAUGUAAAGUAAAUCCUUCAAAAGCGUGGAAAUGACAAUCUCAAAGAUUGAAAUUGUCAGUAGACAGAAAAUUGAUGAAAAAAAUGGGGGAGAGAAAGAGAAGCAUUGACAACACUAUAAAGAACAAAGAACGGUGCUAAUUUCGCAAAAUGAAUCUUUCAAGCGUGUUCUGCGCUUUACAGUCCCUUAACGUUGCUUAAUUAUAUCUCUACCUGCCAUUAGGCGCCGAAUUUUUCUGUUCAGUUACGGGCCAAGAAUUCUUUCCUCCCUUACCAUAAUAGAAUUCUUUCCUCCCUUAUCAUAAUGGAAUUCCAACAACGCAUAGUCAUCAAUAUAAAGCAGUUACACAACUGAACGUUCACUUCAAUAACAUUUAAUAACGUUACAAUGAGGUCAAUUGAGCUGUGGAAAGUGACACGCCAGAUGUGUAUUAGUUUAAAGGAACUUUGUGUUUUUUUUUUCCUAGUAAUCUGAAACAAGGGCCGUCUAUUAGAAUUCCUUUUUAAUACUUUCUAUCCUUUUUUAGGGACAGAGUUUAUCUUUUUUCUAUAACUGACGGGACAUCGAUGACAAUUAAAGACUAAAAAAAAACAA